GUAAGACCCAAGCAAGCUCAGGACGCGUCAUCGCCUCCCAAAUCUGCUCUUAGAUAGGGGAUGAGUCAGCCCAGGUCUAGACCCAUGCUGAUGCUGUGCGAUGCUAAGAUAGACGGAGACGAUUUCAACGUCAGCAGUAGAGGUAGCCCCACCACGCCUCUUUCUUGGAGCGGCGGUGGAGGUGGCGCCGCAUCUCUUUCCGCAGCCGAUGGUUUUGAAGAUACCUGUAGUAGUCACAUCCGUGGCUCUCCACCAGCUGCACCUUCCAGAUCCAAGCGCACUACUGCUGAUGAGACCACUAGCACAAGUACCAAAAUAUCAAGGAAAAAGAAAACAUUUGCUCAACUUAAGGAGGAAAGUCUGCUACUGGAAGAAAGAGUUUAUUUGAGAAAGGUCUGUUUGAGCCUUGAGGGUUGUUCUUCAUUCAUUUGUUCUCAUGCUCUUCUAAGCAGUGUGUUUAUCACUGUUCCAACUCAUUCAACUGGAGAUAGCAUCGAUCCGUGCUACCUGUAAACAACAUAGAGCCAGCAAUGUCAACUUGAAAAGAUUCAAGGUUAGCCCAAAAUGCAUGUCGUUUAAUAACUCAUUUGGCAAUAUAUAUAUGUACUCUUUUGUGUAGCCUUGCUUUUGAUGUAUACCUGCAUUAUUGCUGCUUAAUACCGAGAUGUGGAGUUCAACUGUUGAUGAAGAGGAGAAAAUAGGCUCUUGUGUCCACUACAAUACUUGGACUCUUCCCUUGCAUGCCGUGGAUGAGCGGGAACCAGUGUUGAGCGAGGAGGAGAGUCUUUUCUUAUUUCCUGAUCUGACUCUGAUGCCUUGUGAAGAUGGUUAGAGCUUGGUGGAAAACAGUGACACCAACAAACCCUUUUUAACUAAUGAAGAUUUGAUUGCAAGGUUAGUUUAGAAAUCCUAACCUGUAGGGGAGAAAUGGCAGAGUGUCGUGUUCCCUAGUUCAUUACUUGUUUUGAGAAUUAAUGGUGGUUCUUUGUGGGUACCUCCCCUGUGUAAGCUUCUUGGAACAAAUUUCCCUAAUCCAUCACCUAAUACAUGGGCUUGAGCAACAACCAGGCAUCAAGCAUGUUGAAUGAACAAUGCUUCAAUAGGAUUGGAGCCCCAAAGGCAACAGAUUUCUUCGAGAA